UCACCUGCCUCGAGUUAGACGCUGUCUGACGACACAGUGUUAGUGUUCAUCACACUCAUUUUGGAGAGGCAGUCUGCAAGGGAGUGACCGACAGAUCGAGUGCUUCACAUUCUCUUCUUUGCCUGAACAGCAACAAAGGAUUUUCACGCAGAAAAGAAUCUGGGUGUGGAAAAAAUGGCUAAGAUCAUCCUGCUUUUGGCCCUGGUCGUUCCAUUUAUUGAGGCCCAAACACUUCACUGGGGCCCUUGUCCAACACCAAUGGUCCAACCCAACUUUGACCUCAACAAGUACAUUGGGAAGUGGUAUGAAAUUGAAAAGCUCCCUGCAAGUUUUGAGAGAGGAAAAUGUAUUGAAGCUAACUAUGCUAUAAGAGCUGACCAUACCAUCCAAGUGCUGAAUCUGCAGUUCUAUAAAGGAAAGACGAGGAGCGCAGAGGGAACUGCUGUUAUACAGGACACCAGGGAGCCUGCAAAGCUUGGAGUCAGCUUUUCUUACUUUACUCCCUACAGUCCAUACUGGAUCCUGUCCACAGACUAUACUAGUGUUGCUGUGGUCUACUCCUGCACUGAUGUCAUGAGGGUCUUCCACAUCGACUAUGCCUGGAUCCUUGGCCGCUCACGCAUCCUACCAGCUGAGACUGUGUUCCGUGCCAAGGAACUUUUCUUCCGCGACAACAUUGACAUAAGCAACAUGAAGGCAACAGACCAGAGUGGUUGUGAUACACUGUGAUGCUUUUAAGCGUGUGAUCUUGGUUGCUAUUUUAUUCUAUUCUGUUGUUGAUGGUGACUGGUGUAUGCAUAGGCCUUUCUCUUUCUUGUAUAGCCCCCAUUUACAGGAGAUUUCUUGUAGCUUAUUCAAUGGAGAUGUUUUUUUUUUUUUUGUCUUAAAUGAUCAAAUGUCAUAUCAAGAAGAUAAAAAGAGGGUGAUGGUACUUUGUUUCUAAAACAGAUAGAUAGAUAAAUAUUUGAAAAUAAAGAAUCUGAGCAUAACACAAGAAUUGUGUAUUUCUACUGCCCCCUGUUGUGUGUUGGAGGUAUUGACAUUUAUUAAAGAGUAAAGAGCCACCAUUAGUCUGUACAAUAGAGAAAUCCAUUAUCUACAUCUUGGGUAGGUGUGACACAAAGUGUACAGUGGUUGUGAAGUAUGUCGUCAAGUUGGUAACUCAGUGGACAGUAUGGCAGACUCAUGCAGGGGCAGUCAGGUGAAGAAUGGGAAAAGUGCACAUUAUAAGUGCAUUGUAUUUUACUGGGGCAAUGGCACACAAAUUACUUCAGGAAUAAACAUGUACAUCCAGUACUUAAGCAAUAAAACGUGUGUGUUUGACUUUGAUUUUCCUCCCACUGCAACACUUGAUAAAGUUAAAAAUUCUCACCACUCUUACAUAUUGUUAACUCUGAGCAUGUGUGAAAUUAUGUAUGUGCUAAAAAGUGAACUAAAA